AUGGAGUUGAUUUCUGGUAGCACUGCGAUGGAUGCUUUUGGAGGUUGGAAAGCUCAUAAUGGUGAAUACCACCUAGAUAUAAGGGCGCUUUCACCUGUUGCCAUGUCCAAUAUUCGAUUUCCCAAGAUUGGUCUCAUCACAAAAAGCGCUAAUAGUUCUUACGAUAUCGACGCAAUCCCUGGGAUCGGAGGCCUUUUGAAACCGCAGCGGAGUAUUCCAAGGCAUGGAGCAAGGCAGCCUAAAUCCUGGGUGCCGUCUAAUUUGCAGGACGAGAUCAUCGCGUCUAUUAGAGAUCUCCCUGGUUUCCAACAUAGCAAUGUCAUUGAUUGGGACAAUUCUGGACCGGUCCCGUGGGAGGUUGUUGAGUUUCAUAUUUUCUUAAAUACUGUGCCUCCGCCAAUGGAUCUGCCAGCGAACUACGACGCCAACGGAAACCUCAUCGACGAGGAAACACUGGAGGUAUGGGGAAAAAAAGGGAUGACUAUGUGCAAGGUGUUUCAGAUCACGAGAAAGAAACUGGAUGUGAUGGAAACUUGUCUGGGAUUUUAUCCUCGCGACAUGACCAGAUAUCGUGGCUGCCCUCAUGCUCUAUGA